GGGCGGGAAGGCAGCCGCAGCGGAGCCUGGACUGUCGCGCGCGCCGCGCCGGCGAUGCCGCGCCCCCGGGCCGGGCUGUAGCGGGGCCGGGGUCCGGAGUGCGCGCCGGGGAGGCCCGCCAUGGAGGUGGUGGACGAGACGGAGGCGCUGCAGCGCUUCUUCGAAGGCCACGACAUCAACGGUGCCCUGGAGCCUUGCAACAUAGACACCAGCAUCCUGGAGGAGUACAUCAGCAAGGAGGAUGCCUCCGAGCUCUGCUUCCCUGACAUCUCCGCUCCAGCCAAUGCUGCCUCCCACCCCCACGGGCAGCCAGUGCUCCCUGGCUCCAGCGGGGUCCACCACCUGAGCCCCCCAGGGAGCGGACCCUCCCCAGGGCGCCAUGGCCCCCUCCCACCCCCGAGCUAUGGCGCCCCCCUCAACUGCAACAACAACAACGGCAUGGGAGCUGCUCCCAAACCCUUCCUGGGGGGCUCUGGGCCCCCCAUCAAGGCAGAGCCCAAGGCUCCCUAUGCCCCAGGCACGCUGCCGGACUCCCCCCCAGACUCGGGCUCUGAGGCGUACUCCCCCCAGCAGGUGACUGACCCCCACCUCCUGCGCACGAUAACCCCCGAGACCCUAUGCCACGUGGGGGUGCCCUCCCGCCUGGAGCACCCGCCCCCACCUCCAGCCCACCUGCCGGGCCCCCCACCGCCCCCGCCACCCCCGCCUCACUACCCAGUCCUGCAGCGGGACCUGUACAUGAAGGCCGAGCCCCCGCUCCCCCACUACGCCGCCAUGGGGCAGGGGCUGGCGCCCGCUGAUCUCCACCACACCCAGCAGUCCCAGAUGCUGCACCAGCUGCUGCAGCAACACGGAGCCGAGCUCCCCACACAUCCUUCCAAGAAGAGGAAGCACUCCGAAUCGCCCCCCAACACCCUCAAUGCCCAGAUGCUGAACGGAAUGAUCAAACAGGAACCGGGCACCGUGGCGGCCCUGCCCCCGCACCCCGCUCGAGCCCCAUCCCCACCCUGGCCUCCCCAGGGCCCGCUCUCCCCGGGGCCUGGCUCCUUGCCCCUCAGCAUCGCCCGGGUCCAGACUCCACCCUGGCACCCGCCGGGCGCCCCCUCCCCAGGUCUCCUGCAGGACAGUGAUAGCCUCAGCGGCUCCUACCUGGACCCCAACUACCAGUCCAUCAAGUGGCAGCCGCAUCAGCAGAACAAGUGGGCGACACUCUACGACGCAAACUACAAGGAGCUGCCCAUGCCCACCUACCGCGUGGACGCUGACAAGGGCUUCAACUUCUCGGUGGGUGACGACGCCUUCGUGUGCCAGAAGAAGAACCACUUCCAGGUGACAGUGUACAUCGGCAUGCUGGGCGAGCCCAAGUUUGUCAAGACGCCCGAGGGCCUCAAGCCCCUGGACUGCUUCUACCUGAAGCUGCACGGAGUGAAGCUGGAGGCCCUGAACCAGUCCAUCAACAUCGAGCAGUCGCAGUCAGACCGGAGCAAGCGGCCUUUCAACCCCGUCACGGUCACGCUGCCCCCUGAGCAGGUCACCAAGGUGACGGUGGGCCGGCUGCACUUCAGUGAGACCACGGCCAACAACAUGCGCAAGAAGGGCAAGCCCAACCCCGACCAGAGGUACUUCAUGCUGGUGGUGGCCCUCCAGGCCCACGCCCAGAACCAGAACUACACACUGGCUGCCCAGAUCUCGGAGCGCAUCAUCGUGCGGGCCUCCAACCCCGGCCAGUUUGAGAGCGACAGCGACGUGCUGUGGCAGCGGGCGCAGGUGCCCGACACCGUCUUCCACCACGGCCGCGUGGGCAUCAACACCGACCGGCCCGACGAGGCGCUGGUGGUGCACGGCAACGUCAAGGUCAUGGGCUCGCUUAUGCACCCCUCGGACCUGCGGGCCAAGGAGCACGUGCAGGAGGUGGACACCACGGAGCAGCUGAAGAGGAUCUCGCGCAUGCGGCUGGUGCGCUACAGAUACAAGCCCGAGUUCGCUGCCAGCGCCGGCCUGGAGGCCACGGCCCCGGAGACGGGCGUCAUCGCCCAGGAGGUGAAGGAGAUCCUGCCUGAGGCGGUGAAGGACACCGGAGAUGUGGUCUUCGCCAACGGGAAAACCAUAGAGAACUUCCUGGUGGUGAACAAGGAGCGUAUCUUCAUGGAGAACGUGGGUGCCGUGAAGGAGCUGUGCAAGCUGACUGACAACCUGGAGACGCGCAUCGACGAGCUGGAGCGCUGGAGUCACAAGCUGGCCAAGCUGCGGCGUCUCGACAGCCUCAAGUCCACUGGCAGCUCAGGCACCUUCAGCCACGCUGGGAGCCAGUUCAGCCGGGCAGGCAGCGUCCCCCACAAGAAGAGGCCCCCCAAGAUGGCCAGCAAGGCAUCAUCUGUGGUCCCAGACCAGGCCUGCAUCAGCCAGCGCUUCCUGCAGGGAACCAUCAUUGCCCUGGUGGUGGUCAUGGCCUUUAGCGUGGUGUCCAUGUCCACACUGUACGUGCUGAGCCUGCGUGCCGAGGAGGACCUGGUGGACAUGGAUGGCUCUUUUGCCGUGUCCACUUCCUGUCUCCUGGCCCUCCUCCGGCCCCAGCACCCUGGGCGGAGUGAGGCCAUGUGCCCAUGGUCUAGCCAGAGCUUUGGGACCACUCAGCUUCGACAGUCCCCUGGGACCACUGGGCCGCCCAGCACACAGUCCUCUUUGCUGCUGAUUACCAGCAGCCUGGCCAGCUCGGCCCCAGGCCCAGCUGUCCGCACCUUGGACCUGUGCUCCAGCCAGCCCUGCCCCGUUGUCUGCUGCUUUCCACCCACCCCCAGCCCUGAUACGCACCCUAACCUUGGUCCCAGCUUUAGCCCCAGCCAUGGUCUCAGCUCCAGUCCCGACCCCACCACCAGCCACUCAGGCCCCAGCCAGAUGGCCCUGCUGCCGAUCACCAACAUCAGAGCCAAGUCCUGGGGCCUUUCAGCCAAUGGCAUCGGCCACUCCAAGCAUCCCAAGAGCCUGGAGCCUGUGGCCAGCCCUGUAGUCCCCUUCCCCGGGGGGCAGGGCAAAGCCAAGAACAGCCCCAGCCUCUCUCUCCGCGGCAGGGCCCGCCGCCGGGCCCCCCAGCCCACUCAGGCCCGGGGCCAGCCAGACCCAGUGCCCUCCUUGGCCUCCAUCCGGGUGCUGGAGAAUUCAAUGCCCAUCACCUCCCAGUACUGCGCUCCCGGGGACACCUGCAGGCCUGGAAACUUCACCUACCACAUCCCUGUCAGUGGCAGCACCCCACUGCACCUCAACCUGACCCUGCAGAUGAACUCCUCCUCCCCCGUGUCCGUGGUGCUGUGCAGCCUGGUGUCAAAGGAGGAGCCGUGUGAGGAGGGGGGCUUUGUUCAGAGCCUCUGCCCCCACCAGAACACCCAGGGAACCUCCCACCAAUGGCCGGUGACCAUCCUGUCCUUCCGCGAGUUCACCUACCACUUCCGGGUAACACUGCUGGGCCAGGCCAACUGCAGCGCGGAGACCCCGGUCCGGCCGGCCACAGACUACUACUUUCGCUUCUACCGCCUGUGUGACUGAGCUGCCCUCCUGAGCAGCGCCACGCCAGGGACCCGGGCUACCCGGCCCCUUCCACACUGGACGAAAGCUGUCACACUGGAGCCUGCCACCGGCCAGCUCUCUGCCGUUCACUGGAAUUCCCUCUGGAGAGACUGAAGCCAGGCUUCGGCCCGCCCCGCGACUGGUGAAACUGGAAGUCCUCACACUGGAGUUGCUGUUCCUGCUGGUAGCCCCUCGCGCGCCACUGAGGCAGCUGGAGGGACCAAGGCCUCCUGGGCCUUCCUCCCUGCCCCCUUGCUCAGGGCCAGGUCGGGGCCAGUUCACAUCUGUCCAGAUAUGGUGGCUGCAGGGCUGGCUUAUGGAUGCCCUGGCAGUGAGGGGAAGCCUGUGACUCGGAUUUUUCCAGGGCCCAUUCUCCUGUACCUGCUCUGUAGAGACUGGGAGCGUACCCUUCUUUUGCAGAGAAGAGCUGCCUGCCUUAGAGAUCAGCUGGGGUCUGCACCCAGCCCACAGGGACUCAGCUAGGCCCACGUGUCAAUGGCAGGCCAAAGCCCUCACUGUUAAAGCUGCUCCCUGGGGGGUUGGCUUUGUACUGGACUUUUUUGGGGUUUGACUGUUACGCUGGACUUGAACUUCUAAGCUUUAAGCAUGGCUGGGUGGGAGCAAGGGGGUCUUCUCCCUGGGAGAGCUUGGCCCCAAGAGCCCCCAGGGCAGUGGAGACCAGACUUGGAUGGGACAGAGAGACUGACCAUGUUCUGUAUGUACCUGUUGUGCUUGGCUAAAGCCACCCUCAGCCCUUCAAAGGCCUGAACCAAAGGCGGCCAGCGGGCCGGGUGAGCCUGGACCCUGGAACCUCGAGUACUGUGGACGGGGGCGUUCCCUUGCAGCCCCGCAGCCUGUGCUCCCGGGAGUGUCCCUGUGUGCUGGUGACCCACCCAGUCCUUCUGAGCAGAGGAGCAGGAAUCCCUGCUAGGCAGCAGGCUGGUCUUAGCUGGGGGCUGGAUUCAAAUUGCUUUUGCUGGUUAUUAAUGAAUUACUAAAAUGCACUUAAACCAGGACUGGAAGGAGGGGGAUGGAAAUGGAAAGCCCAGAGGCAAAGUCCUGAGAUGAUGCUGGCCGAGAAGCCAGGGCCCUGCUGUGCCCCUCCUUGGGGACCCUGGAGAGGCCCACUUCCCUCCCUGCCACCACUAAGACUCUGUCCUCCUCUUCCACUCAUCUGCUGGGGGCCUCAUCUCCCCCAAUCAGAAGCUCCCAUGCCGCGUUUGGACAGCCAGGCUGGACGGGCGCGGGCUUGGCAGUAGGCCCCACUCUCCCCAGCCCUCCCAGGAGCAGAGUGAUGGGUUGGGGUUAGUGAAGACGUUACAUUGCAAGUGCCAACUUAUCCAUUUCGUAGUGGGUGCCUAGAACAUUCCGAGGCCACAUCCAGGCUCCUGGAAGGAGCAUGGUGGUGGUUUAGCAACAUCUGCCCAGGUUCAGAAAUGGGGAAGGGAUUUGCUACCCCUGCCCUUUUGUAUCCUGCCGCCUCUUUGGGAGCUAGGACUUGCUUCUGUUCUCUCUCAUUCCUUCCCAGCUUUGAAUGGGAGGCCUUUCUCUGGGGACGCAGAAUCCUGGAGGGGCCUCCGACCUGCAGGACCCCACCUGCUCUGGAUCUCAAAGCACUUGUCCUCAGGAUAGUGAAACACGAGGGAGAUACGGGGAGAGCAGGGAUACCUUGCCUCCUGCCCACCCCACCCCCCAAUUUGGCCCCUCUUCCUCAUUCUGACAUAGGAAUUAGACGCUCAUACCAUGCAAGGGGCUGAGCCUUACUUAGGACUACUCUGUUCUCCCUCCUUCCACGGGGGAGCCCUCCCUGAUGCCUUAAAACUGCUGCCCUUCAGUCCUUACCUGGAAAGUGACCCUUCACUGCCCCCUGGAGCCCAUCUGGACACAGCUUCACCCCAAUCUGGUUAGCAGCUGGCUCUGUUUCCAAGCCUGGGGAGGGGGUCCUCGGUACAGGGGUUGGGGUUAAGCUGGGGCUCCAAGCUGCUUGAGGGGGUCACCCUUGGACCAAAGUUGCCUUAUGCACAAGGAAGGCAAAGGCCCAUCUUUACGCCCCUUUGGUGUUUGUUCCUUCCGCCCCUUUGGUGUUUGUUCCUGUAGCCUCCGGGCUCAUCUUUCCCAAGCUGCAAGCUGUCCACAGGGCCUCCCAGUGCACAAAAUGCCCCUGCCCACACCGCCUCCCCUUAAAAGCCUGCGUGUGCAUAGAGCGUCCCCUCUCUCCCGGUUAACUCCUGGUUCCUCUCCCUGAGCUUUGACUCAUAUUUAUCACGUACCAACUCUGACUCUGAUGUGGGCAGCAGGAGAAGCAGCUCCAGGCCUGCUUGCUUCCUGUCCCCUGAACUGUUCUUUUCUUCUGGAGUAAAUAUACAUAUAUAAAUAAAUGUAUAAAUACUGCUUUGUAUCUA